CACAGUUUGCUCAUUCUUUGUCCCCAGUAAUCAGUUAAAUUCUCAGUUCCUGGCCCCUCCCUCACCUGAGAUGGGGGCGGGGGCUUUCAUUCUUUUCAUGGGCUCCUCCCACCAUCCCAGGAUUUAAAUAGGCCGGUCCUUUUCCCCAGCUACUAUCUUCGUGAUAAGCUGAAAACAAACGGGCCCUUUUAAAAAAAAAAAUGUGUUUAAAGGCACGGAGAAAAGUCUGUGGGCUGGCUUGGGAAGAUAUUUUCACCCCUCCUUUGCCUUUCUACUUGUAUUUUUUCUAAGCCUCUCUGUUUACCUGGCUAAUAAAGCCAGCUCCAUGUCACUCACUGUCUGUUGCCUGGCAUGCACAUUUGCACCUGAGCCCAGCCCAACCCACCUUGCUCAAAUAUGCAAAGCUGCUAUGGAAAGCAGACACUGCAUGCUCCAGCCGCCAGCUGGAAGCCUGUGCCAGGCUACCUGCCACAGGUGAAAGUCACCUUGCCCCCAAACGCCUCGGGGAGCUCAGAGAGAGAGAGGCCUGCUUUGUCCUGAGCUUGUCCCAGCUUGGCAAUCAUUAAUCAGAUUCUUCACAUUCCUGACUGCUGGCCUGUUAUGGAAAAAUGACCAACGGGGCUCAAGUCAGCCGGGACUGGCAGUCAGACAUGCAGCUCGCUGGGAAGCUGGCAUUUUCCGCAGCGGCUCUGCUCCUACUGACUUUGGCUUAUAGAUUCUAUAAGUCCCGACCAUCCAGCAGCGGGAUCCGAAAAGCUGACCAUGUGACGGAGCAGAGAGAAAAGGCUGGAUCCGGAAGGGGAGGCGCAGAAGAAACCCCACAGGGACUCAGGUACAGGCAAGUCAACAGCAAUGGGGUGAGGCCAAGCACCAGCAAAGGGAAUCAAAGUGCGCUCCUGGGUGGGACGGUCGCGGCAGGAACACAGGGCCCACAAAGCACACCGCCCAGGGAAGAUCAAAGGCUGCCGAAGGGGGAGGAGGAGGAGAAAGAGAAGGGAAAGGAGGCUUGUCAGCUGGUCGCCGAAUCACAGCCAGACAAAAAGCAGCCUGUUUCUGAGGGAGAGGGACAGAGUCCAGGUGUGGUCCCGAGCGUGGCGACAGCAGACGGUGCAGAGCAGGAGGCCCCAGUGGCAGGAACAGAAGCCGGUAACGUUUGCGGUCUGGCAAGCAAACCGGACAGCUCCGUAGAUGACAGCAGGGGGGCCAGCUGGGCCGUAGCCUCGCAGCAAUCUGGGUGUAGCGUCCGCUUCAGGCACAGUCCUUGCAGCACCCAACCAGGAAAUGCUGCUGAGCUCACAGCAGCUGACAGAUCCGCCCCGAACACUGAGGAGGAGGAAGCGGGAGACAUGAGUGAGAGUUUGGCCUGGAACCAGGAGGCCUCGGCCGGCCACGAGAGGAUUCAGACCCUCAAUGCUACAUCAGACAUGGGCUUAGCCAUCAACCAAAGCGAUAAGAGGUCUGAUGCCUCCUACACGUUCUCCUCCGUUACAAAGAUACAGGUGGAGGAAAACUAUAUUAAAGAGAGGCAGCCCAGGGAAGAAAAGCUAUGGCACUCCACAUCCUCCGCCACUAGCCUGCGAGGCAAGGUCUAUGACUACUACGUCCAGUCCACCUCGCAGUCUGUGUCGAAGGAGCGGCCCUGCUCGUACACCGACUCACUCUACGACCCCGACAAAAUCCAUGAAGAGCUAAGUGAAUAUGAAACUUGGCUGCGCCUGUCUGCACCCCAAGAACCAGCCGGUGGGUCGGCAGUGGGAGAUGAAGACCGAGCGUCACCGACAGCAAACAUCCCACCCAUCUCUCCCAGUCUCCUGCCUUUCAGACAUCCCGCAGAGAGCGGGGAGCCUGCAGACUGGGGUGGUGCGUCUGAUCCGGGCAGCGCCUUCUCGCCCGCCCACAAGACAGCUGAACCGGAACGCAGGUUCGGCAGGAAAGAGAGUUUCCAUCAAAUUGCAGAUAACCCCGAACUUCAGGUGCAGAUGGAAGGGUUCGGGGCUUUGACACCAGCCGGCAGAUCUGACUCAAGCACUCCCCCCGCCAGUCCUCUCCACUCCAGCUCCACCGUUUCCCUGGUGGAACCGUUUCACAGCCUCCAGCCUCAUGCAAGCAACGAAGCCAGAGUGGAACUCAUUGCUGGUGCCAACUUCUUCAAAGUCCCAUUAAGCUUGCAGUCCGACGUGGACAUCCACCUGGAUUUGGGGAACUGCUAUGAUGUCCUGUGCAUGGCCAAGCAGCAGAAACUGGACAGUCUCCAGGAGGCAGCGUAUAAGGUCAUGAGCGACAAUUACCUCCAGGUCCUGAAGAACCCGUCUAUCUACGGGCGCCUCAACGCCAGGGAGAGGGAGCUGAUCCUCCUGAGGAGGAUGAAGGGCAGGAAGUACGUCACCGUGGCAGACGUCAGCACGCAGGAGCGAAGCUUGCACGCCAGCAGGCUCUGUUACUACGAUAAUGACGGCGACGUCUGGCAUCCCCUGUCCUAUAUGCCAGUGGAGGCGGUUUCUAGGGGAUGCGCCGUCUGCAGCAUGUUCAAUUACCUCUUUGUGGUGGCUGGCUGCGAAGGGCUGGGCCAGCACCAGAAGCCUUCCAACAGGGUCUUCUGCUACAACCCCCUGACCAGUAUCUGGCAGGAGAUCUGCCCACUGAACCAAGCCAGGCCUCACUGCAAGCUUGUCGCCUUGGAUGGAUACCUGUAUGCGAUUGGGGGAGAGUGCCUCUAUACUGUGGAAAAGUAUGACCCCCGCCAGGACCGAUGGGCCUUCACCGCGCCGCUGCCCAAUGAUACCUUCGCUGUCGCCCACACCGCGACGGUGUGCGACGGGGAGAUUUACGUGACCGGGGGCACACUGCGCUACAUGUUGCUCCGGUAUGUCAGCCGGUCGGCCAGCUGGAAGGUCAGCAUCACCAGCGGGAGCAAGGACCGGACCACCGAAAUGGUGACCGCCGGUGGCUUCAUCUACCGCUUUGACCUCAACCGCAGCAUGGGCAUCAGCGUCUACCGCUGCAGCCCGAAAGCCAAGCUGUGGUACGAGUGCGCCACCAAACGCAUGCCCUUCCCACCCUGCUUCCAGUGUGCCGUGGUGGAGAACCUGGUUUAUUGCAUCAGCCGCCAGUUCAACCUCAGGUUCCUGGCUGACCACGUCUCGCCGCGCUUCGGAGUCAAGGAGUUACAACUUUUCCCUUCCCCCCGGGGGACCCUCCUCCCCGUCGUCCUGGUGCUGCCAGACAGAGGCACGGUGCAAACAAGGGUCUGAUGGGAAGCUAAACAAACCCUGAUUCUUCUCUCUUCUUUUGUCCUGUGCUCAAGGGCUAAAGGCAGCUCCCAGAGCCUGAGCACGGAACUGAGAGUCUGGUCAAAUCCAGACUUCCCUGAAGUCCGGGGAUAUUCACUUCCACGGUUCUAAUUCAGUCCAUUCUAGAGAUGAUCCAACUGUGGCAUUAGGAUCCAAACUUGGGGGGAGGGCUUCUAUCCUUGGUUCAAGCCCUUCUCUAACUAAAAAGCAGCCGAUGGCCAUCCAGUCCCUGGAUCACGGGGAGGAACAAAGCUGGCUAACUGUAUAUUUCCAUGGCUGGCAAACGCCUCCCACUUGCAGUUCCCAUUCAGCGGCCACAGAAGAUGCAAACAGCGGGUUGGGCGGGUGCAUUUUUUGGCGGGAUAUUUAAAUGCCUGUAAAUGGGGGUGCAAAUUAAAUGCAGGCCUCGGGCUCCUGGGAAGUUGCCAAAGUGGCCGUGGGUGGAGCAAAGUUUGGGACCCCGCUGUAAAGUAAUUGUCCACUGUGCCUGGUGAGAUACAUCGCUACGUCUUACGGGCAAGGGGUGUAUAUUAUGUACCAGAAAGACAGCCGCAAGGGGAGCUCCCUGGAGGUUUUUCGAGCGUGCGGGUGGAGAUGAGGAGUCUGAAAGGGACAGCAUCCAGCCUGUGUCCUUUACACCAGUGCCAUGCCAAGGAUUUCAGCUGCCUGGGAGGGCUGGAACUGAGGCAGGGUACGGCCACUGGCAUCAUCACCUCAAGCAAGCAGCUGAGCUGCGACCCCCAAGGCCCCGGGUGGGCAGCCCCAACAGGGAGGUCAGGAGCUGAAUUGCUGCAGUUACGGCUCUGAGCUGGCUCCGCGGCACAGCGGCAGGGCAUCAAGGGGGGAGCGGGCCUUGUUUAUGCCCAGGCCGUGAUCAUUCAGUGGGCAAAAAGACAACUUCAGCCUCCGCCGGGCCUGCCAAGAUGGCGCUUUCCAACAGCACGAUACGCUUUUAAAAGGCUAGAGAACUGGGCCACUUCCAAACAUAGCCCCAGGGCCCAGCCCACACUGAAUGCAGUUGCCAUGGCAAACGGCAGUGAGGAGAACUUUGCCCCAGCUCCUGAGCCAAGCAUGGAGAUCAGUUACCUGCUCUGGUUCACCCCUAUAUAUAGAAAUAUACCUAUCUCAUAGCACUGGAAGGGACCCUGAAAGGUCAUCAAGUCCAGCCCCCUGCCUUCACUAGCAGGACCAAAUACAGAUUUUUGCCCCAGAUCCCUAAGUGGCUCCCUCAAGAAUUGAACUCACAACCCUGGGUUUAGCAGGCCAAUGCUCAAACCACUGAGCUACCACUGUCCCACAGCCCCUUUGCACUGGCUAUGAAAAGCAGCGGCCCAGCCUUCCCCCCCGGGGGCACAAGGCUUUCCUUACAGCUGUCUGUGCUCCCCACUCCUCCCCCUCAGCAAGAGCUCCAGGUACAAGGGGCAUUCUGGGCACGUCCGGCGCGGCUGGGGGAAGGAGGAAUGUGUGGCUGGGGUAGGUUUAUGUCCUGGUGAUUCCCUGCUCACCCAAAUGGGUGAAAGUUAAGAAUCCACUAGCAGGCACAGAAUCUGGGGGGACGUAUGCCCCCCAACCCUCUUUAGCCCUUACCCCCAGUGCCUUCAUAUCUCAAAAAGCCCUUUGCUGCAUUGAUUAUUAUUGCAAUAUCUUUAUAUUACGGUCUCACCUAGCGUUUCCAGUCUGGAUCAGUCCCCACUGAUGUACAGCCACAUAAGGCUAACUGUUGUGCUUUGGUCAAGUCAUUUAACCUCUCUGUGCCUCAGUUUCCCCAGCUGUAAAACGGGGAUAACAAUACUUAGCUACCCUACAAAGCAUUGCUAAGCUAAUUCGAGUCAGUGAAGAACAUGAAAGCCCUUCCGUGCAAGAUGCUAUCUCUUUAUUGAUCUUAGGGAUAUCCAAAGCACCUCUUGCCUACUUAUCUAAAUGCUAUAGAAGUACAAAUGUUUGGUAUUAAAUAAAACUAACCAAGAUUGGGUGUUGUGCAUCUUUUAAAAUCUGUAAUCGAACCUACAAGAAAGGAAAAGAACUGUAACAAUAUUCUGAAGUGAGUUAGCAAAUUAAAACAAGAAUGGCUUUGCAAAAAGUUUUAAUAGGCACAACUGCCUUAAUAUCUGAUCCUGCAAAUGGAGGCAGUGCAGCUAUCAGUCAAGCAGAUGCUAUGGUAUAAGUGUGCCAAUUAUCUCAGCUCUGACUGGCUCGGGGCAAAAGGGAUUGCACAAGUUUACAUCUGCUUUUGAAGGAGGCACUGCAAGGUAAAAUCCUUUAACAAGAGCAAAUGAGUCCCUUAACAUGAUGGCUGGGACCAAGGUGUGACCUUGCACCCCAUAAUGCUUUAUAGAAAUAUGCUUAUGAAUGUAAAUAUGACAUAACUGGAAUAUGUUUUAUGCUAGAUAUGCCAUGUAACAUAUCUCUGCAAAGGUUAUUUCUACUGAAUGUAGUCAUCCUAUUCGUAUGCAUGUAUCAUUCUAAUAUCUGAAGUUAUGAGCGUUGGCUUUAUACUUGUAUUUAAAGUGUUUGCUGUAGAUAGUACCGAAGGCAGAUUUGAUCAACAUAGUGUGAAGGGGUUAUUCAAGUAAAUGGAAGUACUUGGCAAACAAUGGACCUUGAUAGAUGCCAAUCCACAACUCAGCUUUCCUGGGAACAUCCCUAGAGAGAACUGAGUCAUGCAUGGACUUGUGACUUGCUCAUGUGACUCCAAAAUUCCAUCUUGUAGCUGGAUUCUACACAGGGGGAGGGAGGGGUGUCCACCCACAAGAGAAAGUCUAUUUAAACCCCUGGGAGACCCCUCCAUUUUGUCUUCAGCUGGCUCAAGAGAUAAUCUCUCCACCCCCAAAGGAUACCUGAAAGAAACUGGAACAAAGGACAAUAACCAGAGGGUGUGAGUGAUCGCUGGACCCAGACUAAAAGGAGGCUAGUCUGUAAAAGAAGCUUAUUGAAACAUCUCCGAGGGUGAGAUUUUUAUCUGUAUUCAGUUUUCUUACUGUAUUAGGCUUAGCCUUGCGUGUUUUAUUUUAUUUUCCAUGGUAAUUCACUUUGUUCUGUCUGUUAUUACUUGAAACCACUUAAAUCCUACUUUUUGCAUUUCAUAAAAUCACUUUUUACUUAUUAAUUAACCCAGAGUAUGUAUUAAUACCUGGGAGGGGGGGCAAACAGCUGUGCAUCUCUCUCUAUCAGUGUUAUAGAGGGUGAACAAUUUAUGAAUUUACCCUUUAUAAGCUUUAUACAGAGUAAAACAGAUUUAUUUGGGGUUUGGGAACUGGGUAUCUGAGUGCUAGAAACAGGAGCGCUUCUUAAGCUGUUUUCAGUUAAGCCUGCAGCUUUUAGGGGACGUGGUUCAGACCUGGGUCUGUGUUUGUAGCAGGCAAGCGUGUCUGGCUCAAACAAGGCAAAGCACUGAAGUUCCACACUGGCAAGGAAAGCAAGGGCAGAGGUAGUCUCAGCGCAUCAGGUGGCAGUCCCAAGGGGGUUUCUGUGAUCCCACCCGUCACACAAGGAAAAGAAACUUUAGGAGUAAAAUUAAAGGUGUGAAUUUUAUCACAGUCCUAGAGGAGGAGAACCAGGGAAUGGUGAUAUUAAAGAUAUCAAGGUCUGAUCCAAAGCCCACUGAAGUCAAUCAAGAAAGCGUGCCUCUCAGCAGAGAUAGACAGACUUGCGCAAGCUUCACUCAAGCAAUCGGGCUAAAAAUAGCAGGGUGGACCAAGCAGCUCCAGUUGAGGUUUGGACUAACCCCUCAGGUCCAAGGCUGCCUGCCCCAGAUGGUGGCUAGCCUGAGCCACUGCGGGUGCUGGCAAUUCUGAAAAAAAAUCAGGGGCAAUUUGAAAACAUUUUUUUGGAAAUUUUCAUCAAAUCAAAAAGAAAAAAAAAUUAUUUGGGGGUCAAAGCAUUCCGUUCAGCCCCAAACUAAAUCUUUCCAUUUUGAACCUUUUAAACACAUUUUUUUAAAUAAUUAAUUAAAUUGAAGGAAAUUUCUAAAUAAAAGUUGCUCCAAUUUGAAAAAAAUUAAAAUGUUUUGAUUUUAAAAAGG